GCAGUGCUUGAAAAAAAGAAUGCUAUUUCCUAACAGCCAAGAGAACAGAGUUAUCUUUCAGAAUAACCGACAAGCCAACUUCAGGAGGAAAAUGUCUCGCGGUUCCAACGCCGGUUUCGACCGACACAUCACCAUUUUUUCACCGGACGGACGCUUGUACCAAGUUGAAUAUGCCUUCAAAGCCAUCUCCCAGAGCGGUCUGACUACAGUGGGCAUUCGGGGGACAGACAGCGUUGUGGUGGUCACACAAAAGAAAGUACCUGACAAGCUGCUGGAUCCUUCGACGGUGACCAACAUGUUUAAUCUCACCCCUCGCAUUGGCUGUGUGAUGACUGGACACAGUGCGGACAGUCGUUCCCAAGUUCACCGGGCACGAGUCGAAGCGGGAGAAUGGAAAUAUAAGUUUGGCUAUGACAUCACAGCUGAUGUGUUGUGUCGCAGGAUGGCUGAUAUCUCCCAGGUCUACACGCAAAACGCUGAAAUGAGGCCUCUCGGCUGCUGUAUGGUCCUCGUGGCUGUUGACCCCCAAGAGGGUCCCGUCUUGUAUAAAUGUGACCCGGCUGGCUACUACUGCGGCUUCAGAGCUACCGCGGUCGGACCCAAACAGAUAGAGGCCAACAGCUACCUGGAGAAGAAACUGAAGAAAAAGCUGAGCCUUUCCCACAACAAAAUAGUGCAGAUUGCUAUCUCCUGUCUGUCGUCCGUCUUGUCCUUGGACUUUAAAGCCAGUGAGCUGGAGGUGGGCGUGGUCACCAAAGAAAGGCCUAAAUUCAGGACGCUAUCAGAGGCGGAGAUAGAAGAGCACUUGAUUGCCAUUGCAGAACGGGAGUAGCUGUGCUUGUUUAUAAUGUUUCAGUGUACUCGGUUUGUUAAGUCAGCACUUCGGACAGUCUGACGAGCAGAAGCUCAUUGAUUCAGCCAGUCUGUCCAGGUUCAGUGUUACACCAGACAUUUCCAGUUGACCUUUUCCAGUGUGGUGACAUGACAUCACAAUAAGAAUAGAGUACAACAACUUACAUGUCCCCUGAUGUCCUGAACCAGUACAUGGAACCAAUUAAUUCAAUAUUUGCAUCACACACAUUUAGAUAUGGCCAACUGUUCUGCAGGACUCAAUGUGGUACAUCAUAUUUAAUAUUUUCAUGUUUGGAACACCAACUUUGUUGUAAUUUCCACACUGACUCAACAAUUAUAAUAAAACAGAGGAGAGGAUGGGAA